CACAUGUAUGAACAACAGUUUCUGGAGCUUCAGCAGAGACUAUUGUAUGCUGAAAAGGAGAAUAAAAAGAGAUCCCAUGAACUGAGCAAUGCCCUGGAGGAAAUUAAACACAUAAUUGCAAGAAUAAUUAACUUGACAAGAAAUCAUACAGAUGAAAUGAAUUGGAACACCCCCAGGAAACUUCCCACACACCUUACAAACAUCUACUACUACCUCCCUCACCUGCGAGAGCACCAUGAUGCAAUUUUCCCUGACAUUGUUUUUGGGCAACAGAGAACUGGAGUCUCACUGGUGAUGGGUAUUCCUACUGUGAAAAGGGAAAAACAGAGUUACCUGAUUAACACCCUGCACUCCCUCCUGUAUGGGCUUUCUGAGGAGCAGAAGAAGGACUGUGUGAUAAUCAUCUUUGUAGCAGAGGUGGAUGCAGAGUAUGUGCACAGUGUUGCAGGAAGUGUUGAGGCCAGCUUCCCCAGAGAAAUCCAGUCUGGAGUCCUAGAGGUUAUUUCUCCUCCUGCUUCUUAUUAUCCAGAUCUUUCCAACCUGAAGCAAACAUUUGGGGACUCUGAGAUCAGAGUGAGGUGGAGAACUAAGCAGAAUUUGGAUUAUAGCUUUUUAAUGCUGUAUGCCCAACCUAAGGGGUCAUUUUAUUUACAGCUGGAAGAUGAUAUUAUAGCCAAAGCUGAUUAUAUUGAAAGUAUAAAAAGCUUUGCUUCUCAACAGUCCCAAGACUGGAUGGUCCUUGAGUUCUCCCAUCUUGGGUUUAUUGGGAAAUUGUUUAAAUCGGAAGACUUGCCUCUCCUCGUGGAAUUUUUUCUCAUGUUCUAUAAGGACAAGCCCAUAGACUGGCUCAUAGACCACCUGCUGUGGGUGAAAGUCUGCAACCCCGAGAAGGAUGCAGCACACUGUGACAGGGAGAAGGCGAAGCUGCGUGUCCGUGCUAAGCCCUCUCUCUUCCAGCACAUGGGAACUCACUCGUCGCUGCCUGGGAAGAUACAAAACCUGAAAGAUAAAGAUUUUGGAAAAAAUGUGCUGCAUAAAGCACAUGAUAAUCCACCCGCAAAAGUGGAUACAAGCCUAAAAACAUACCAGCAAUAUACCUUGGAAAAAGUUUAUGAAGGACAAGACUGUUUUUGGGCUGAAGCUCCAGUGGCAGGUGACUACAUCAGGUUCACCUUUUUGAAUCCACUAAGAGUAGAAAGGUACUUGUUCAGGAGUGGAAACAUGGAGCACCCUGGGGAUAAGCUCUAUAACACUACUGUGGAGGUGCUGCCAGCUGAUGAAACUCUAAGAAAAGAACUGGAUGAUAAUGGAAGUAAAUUCAACUACCCAGCAACCAAAGAUGGAUAUUUAAAAAUAGGGGCCUUUGAAGAUGGCGUGGCAGAGGGCAGGGUGAGGCAGGCAGUGGGGAGGAUCCAGGCCCUGCGUCUGCGCUUCGGAGCCAACUCCCCGGUCUGGGCCAUCCUCAGCGAGGUACUUAUUGAGACAUCUGAAAACUGA